AUGGAUACGGAUAUACUGCGCCAACAGUUUUGGGACCAAUUGUCAUCUUGCAACAAUGGUACAACUAAAAAAUACUUAUCUUCAUUGAGGACCUUAGUAUACCAGUCAUAUUGGCAAAACAGGUUCAGUCAACCUAUGAGGUCGAUAGGGAUGUAUAUCGCAUUAGCGUCUUUGUUUUGCCUCCUUGCAAUGGUGGCUGAUUUAUUACAUGGCCUGAGGAACAGAAAACUAUGGUUUCCCUGUAAAUAUUUCACUCUGAACGCUGCUUCUCUUACAGUGAUAGCUGUUGCAAUUAAGCUACCCAUGGAUUUAACUAACCAAACGCAGGCUGCAAAGCUUGGAAGCCUGGCAUUUAUGUGCACCAUGAUGGCUAAUCUUCUGCCUUCUCUAGCAACCAUGAACAGCAAGGAACUUGUCUCAAACAUCAUAGCUUUGGGUGUUUUGGUAAUCACCUUGGUUGUCAAUGUUUGCAUUCAAAUAAGCACGGAAGUUUUCUCCCAUCAAAAAGAUGAAUUUGCAUCGGGAGGGAAUGUUCAUUAUGCAGAAAUUGAACCAGUGUUCUUAUCUGCAACACAAGACUAUGUGUUGGUAGGAUUUAUUUACGUGGGUGUGUUACCCUUGUUGCUUGUGUUAUAUGCAUGUACCUCUUUAGCAAUUCUAACGUCGAAACAGAUUUUAGAAUCGAAAUACCAAGCGACUUUAAAGGGUCAAGUGCUGCAACAACCAGGAAGAUUAACUAUUGAGAAACUAAAAGAGCAUGUGAGCAACUACUCGAUCAUGGCAACAACAGGCAACCCACAGUUCAUGGCAGCUUGCUCUGCUACAACCACUGCUUCUGCGGUAAUAUGUGCUAUAAGCAGUAAUUCGGAUUACAAGUGGUCGAUGAUGGUGAUUCUUAUAAUACAAUUUAUCGGAACCAUGGUGUUUAAAGUAGAGAUCUACUGGAUUCAGAAGUUAUCUGAUUGGAAACAGAGUAGCAUACCACUCCCUUCUCGUAGACUGCAAGAUUCUUAUCCAGAACUUGAAAAGCCUAAUUCUCUGCAUUUGUAUAGGAUUUCAGAAGAUAGUUGUUGUAGCAUGCAAGAUGACAACAGUGAUACCACUUUUGCCACCUUUAGCACCUACUUGGGUAUUGUGUUGGCACAUAAACCUGAUGAAAUAGGAACAGAUGAAGAUCUUAGCCGAUAUGUGUUGCAACUUCAAGACCAAAUGGAAUUUCCUGAAAGAGCAUUGAAAGGCAUUUUAAAGUCUGUGAACGACUUGAUCAAAAAGGCUGAAAAGCAGCAACCAAAGAAUCUUAUGAACCUUCUAGCAGAAUCUCAAGGUUUUGAAGGAGUUAAACAGCUUGACAACCAUCAUGUUAAGUCUUUACUUUCAGAAGAAUAUCUCAGUUGUUGGAGCUUACCAUUGGUAACUCUGACAGCCAUUGCCAUGUCUCUUACUAACAUUCAAAGGAACACAUUUGAUAGCUUGUUGAGUGGUGUGAGUGAAGGUCUUUUGUAUGUCACACUUGUGGAAGAAAGCACCAAUGCUACUGACGAUCAUGUAGUUAUUCAAAGGGCAGCUAAAACUUUGUGGGUAGAAGUUGAAAUCUACCACAAAUGGUUAGGAAACAGGCUGCAAAAACCUACUCCUCAAGCAAUUACAACUAUAGGGAUUCUUCGAUGGUUGAGCGAUACAGCAAAAAGCAUUGUCACUGAGGUGGGAAGUACAGAUAUUGGAGGCCGAAAUGAUAAAUCCAAAUUCAGGUCUAUUUCUGCAAAUUCAAUGUAUCGUAUCACCGAAACGAUCAUGCUUUCCUAUGAUGCUAACCUCAUUAACCAGCUUAGCCAGGAGGAAUUAUUUGGGAAAUUAUCAUCAAUGAUCGCUGACAUAUUGGCUGCUUGUCUCACCAACCUACCCCAUGUCAUUGCAAUGAAAUGCCACACAAGUGUCAUAGAGAAAAGGGAGGCAAGUGUCCAAGCUGCAGCCCAACUUCUUGGAGAGACUACACAGAUAAUCAACACCAUGCAAGAUCGCGAACUUCCAACCUUGAAUCAUGACGAAUUGGUGUUUAUUGAAAAGUGGCAUGCUUACUUAAAGCUCCCCUUUCCUUAG